AUGGAGCUCUCGGAUGUGCGCUGCCUGAGCGGCAGCGAGGAACUCUACACCAUCCACCCGACGCCCCCGGCCGGCGACGGCGGGAGCGGCUCCCGGCCGCAGCGGCUGCUGUGGCAGACGGCGGUGCGGCACAUCACCGAGCAGCGCUUCGUUCACCGGCACCGCGGCGGCAGCGGCGGCGGCGGCGGCAGCGGGAGAGGAGGCUCGGACAAAAGCGCAGCCCCGGCGGGCGGCGGCCCCAACCACCACGCGCCGCCACUGGCCGGCGACCCGGCGCUGCCGCUCUACUCGCUGGGGGGCUCCGGGGAGCGCGCGCACAACACCGGCGGCAUCAAAAUCUUUCCCGAGCACCGGGGGAGCGGCAGCGCCAGCGGGGGCGGCGGCGACUUGGGCUUCCUGCAUCUCGACUGCGCCCCGAGCAACUCGGAUUUCUUCCUCAACGGGGGCUACAGCUACCGGGGGGUCAUUUUCCCCACCCUGCGCAACUCCUUCAAGUCCCGGGACCUGGAACGCCUCUACCAGCGCUAUUUCCUGGGCCAGAGGCGCAAAUCCGAGGUGGUGAUGAACGUGCUGGACGUGCUGACCAAACUCACCCUCCUGGUUCUGCACUUGAGCUUGGCCUCGGCGCCCAUGGACCCGCUCAAGGGCAUCCUGCUGGGCUUUUUCACGGGCAUCGAGGUGGUCAUCUGCGCCCUGGUGGUGGUCAGGAAGGACACCACCUCGCACACGUACCUGCAGUACAGCGGCGUGGUCACCUGGGUGGCCAUGACCACACAGAUCCUGGCAGCAGGCCUCGGCUACGGGCUCCUGGGUGACGGGAUCGGCUACGUACUCUUCACCCUCUUCGCCACCUACAGCAUGCUGCCGCUGCCGCUCACCUGGGCCAUCCUGGCCGGCCUGGGCACCUCACUGCUGCAAGUGGUCCUCCAAGUGGUCAUCCCCAGACUGGCGGUCAUUUCCAUCAACCAGGUUCUGGCCCAGGCAGUGCUGUUCAUGUGCAUGAAUACUGCUGGAAUCUUCAUCAGCUACCUGUCAGACCGGGCCCAGCGCCAAGCCUUCCUGGAGACACGGAGGUGUGUGGAGGCCAGGCUGCGCCUGGAGACGGAGAACCAGAGACAGGAGCGGCUUGUGCUGUCUGUGCUGCCCCGGUUUGUCGUCCUGGAAAUGAUCAAUGACAUGACCAACGUGGAGGACGAGCACCUGCAGCACCAGUUCCACCGGAUCUACAUCCACCGCUAUGAGAAUGUCAGUAUUCUUUUUGCAGAUGUGAAGGGAUUCACCAACCUCUCCACGACCUUGUCCGCGCAGGAGCUGGUUAGGAUGCUCAACGAGCUCUUUGCUAGAUUUGAUCGACUGGCUCAUGAACAUCACUGCCUUCGCAUUAAGAUCCUGGGAGACUGCUACUACUGCGUGUCCGGACUCCCCGAGCCCCGGCAGGACCACGCCCACUGCUGUGUUGAAAUGGGCCUCAGUAUGAUUAAGACCAUCAGGUAUGUGCGGUCAAGGACGAAGCAUGAUGUUGACAUGAGGAUUGGAAUCCAUUCGGGCUCAGUGCUGUGUGGCGUGCUCGGCCUGCGGAAGUGGCAGUUUGAUGUCUGGUCAUGGGACGUGGAUAUUGCAAACAAACUCGAGUCUGGAGGAAUCCCUGGGAGGAUUCACAUUUCCAAGGCCACGCUGGACUGCCUCAGUGGUGACUACAAUGUGGAAGAGGGCCAUGGGAAAGAGAGGAAUGAAUUCCUGAGGAAGCAUAACAUAGAGACCUAUCUAAUUAAGCAGCCCGAGGAGAGCCUGCUGUCCUUGCCCGAAGACAUUGCCAAGGAGUCGGUGAGCCCCUCCGAGAGGAGAAACAGUGGGGCGACCUUCACAGAAGGGUCCUGGAGCCCCGAGCUGCCCUUUGAUAACAUAGUGGGGAAACAGAACACUCUGGCUGCCCUAACAAGAAACUCAAUAAAUCUGCUUCCAAAUCAUCUUGCACAAGCUUUGCAUGUCCAGUCUGGGCCUGAGGAAAUUAACAAGAGAAUAGAACAUACCAUCGACUUGCGGAGUGGCGAUAAAUUGAGAAGAGAGCAUAUCAAACCGUUCUCACUGAUGUUUAAAGACUCCAGCCUGGAGCACAAGUAUUCUCAAAUGAGGGAUGAAGUAUUCAAGUCAAACCUGGUCUGUGCAUUUAUCGUUCUUCUAUUUAUCACGGCAAUCCAAAGUUUGCUGCCUUCUUCCAGGGUGAUGCCCAUGGCCGUUCAGUUUUCCACUCUUCUCAUGCUGCACUCGGCACUGGUCCUCAUCACCACGGCCGAGGACUACAAGUGCUUGCCCCUCGUCCUCCGGAAAACAUGCUGUUGGAUAAACGAGACCUAUCUGGCCCGGAACAUUAUCAUCUUCGCCUCCAUCUUGAUUAAUUUCCUGGGUGCCAUCCUUAACAUCCUGUGGUGUGAUUUUGACAAGUCGAUACCCUUGAAGAACCUGACUUUCAAUUCCUCAACUGUGUUUACAGAUAUCUGCUCCUACCCAGAGUAUUUCGUCUUCACGGGGGUGCUGGCCAUGGUGACCUGUGCCGUCUUCCUGCGUCUGAACUCCGUCCUGAAGCUGGCGGUGCUGCUCAUCAUGAUCGCCAUCUAUGCCCUGCUGACGGAGACCGUCUACGCAGGCCUCUUUCUGCGCUACGACAGCCAGCACCACAGUGGAGAAGAUUUCCUGGGGACCAAGGAGGCAUCGCUCCUGCUGAUGGCCAUGUUCCUCCUCGCCGUGUUCUACCACGGACAGCAGCUGGAGUACACGGCCCGCCUGGACUUCCUGUGGCGCGUGCAGGCCAAGGAGGAGAUCAACGAGAUGAAGGAGCUGAGGGAGCACAACGAGAACAUGCUCCGGAACAUUCUGCCCAGUCACGUGGCCCGGCACUUCCUGGAGAAAGACCGAGACAAUGAGGAGCUGUAUUCUCAGUCCUACGAUGCCGUUGGCGUGAUGUUCGCCUCCAUCCCCGGGUUUGCCGACUUCUACUCCCAGACCGAAAUGAAUAACCAAGGAGUGGAGUGCCUGCGCUUGCUGAAUGAGAUCAUCGCCGACUUCGAUGAGUUGCUCGGCGAAGACCGGUUUCAAGACAUCGAAAAAAUCAAGACCAUUGGCAGCACCUACAUGGCCGUGUCGGGCCUGUCACCUGAGAAGCAGCAGUGUGAAGACAAGUGGGGUCACCUGUGUGCCCUGGCUGACUUCUCUCUGGCCCUGGCGGAAAGCAUACAAGAGAUCAACAAACAUUCCUUCAACAACUUUGAGCUUCGGAUCGGCAUCAGCCACGGCUCGGUGGUGGCUGGCGUGAUCGGUGCCAAGAAGCCCCAGUAUGACAUUUGGGGCAAAACCGUGAACCUGGCCAGCCGCAUGGACAGCACGGGGGUCAGCGGCAGGAUCCAAGUCCCCGAGGAGACCUAUCUCAUCCUGAAAGAGCAGGGCUUUGCCUUCGACUACCGCGGGGAGAUCUACGUCAAGGGCAUCAGCGAGCAGGAAGGAAAGAUCGAUACGUACUUUCUCCUGGGCAGAGUCCAGCCCAACCCAUUCAUCUUGCCCCCAAGAAGACUGCCCGGGCAGUACUCCCUGGCCGCCGUAGUCCUGGGCCUCGUGCAGUCCCUCAACAGGCAGAGGCAGAAGCAGCUGCUCACCGAGAACAACACGGGGAUCAUCAAGGCCCAUUGCAACCGGCGGACUUUGCUGAGCCCCAGCGGGCCCGAGCCCGGAGCCCAAGCCGAAGGCACGGACAAAUCCGAUUUGCCAUGAAAGCGUUUUCUUUUGUGUUUCCUUUUUUUUGUAUUUCUUUUAUAUAUAAAAUAAAUAUACGAAUAAAAGGGUUUAAUUUU